CUGGCCAGCCCAGAGGACUCUCUGUCCACAGUGUAAAUGAGGACACUCCUGGCCCAUGUUCCGCAGGGAUGUAGAGGGCAGCCUCAGAGGCAUUGGGCACUCCUGGCACCAUGGAUGAUGCUGCCAUCCUCAAGCGACGAGGCUACAUCAUGGGGAUAAAUUUGGGAGAGGGCUCAUACGCAAAAGUCAAAUCUGCUUACUCUGAGCGCCUGAAGUUCAACGUGGCAGUCAAGAUCAUCGACCGCAAGAAAGCCCCCGCGGACUUCUUGGAGAAAUUUCUUCCCCGGGAAAUCGAGAUUCUGGCCAUGCUAAACCAUCACUCCAUCAUCAAGACCUAUGAGAUCUUUGAGACAUCAGAUGGCAAGGUCUAUAUCGUCAUGGAGCUCGGGGUCCAGGGCGACCUUCUUGAGUUCAUCAAAACCCGGGGAGCCCUGCAAGAGGACGAUGCUCGCAAGAAGUUCCAUCAGCUCUCCUCAGCCAUCAAGUACUGCCAUGACCUGGACGUUGUGCACCGAGACCUCAAGUGCGAGAACCUUCUCCUCGACAAGGACUUCAACAUAAAGCUGUCUGACUUCGGCUUCUCCAAGCGCUGCCUGCGGGAUGACAGUGGCCGACUGACGUUAAGCAAGACCUUCUGCGGGUCUGCAGCGUAUGCAGCCCCCGAGGUGCUGCAGGGCAUCCCCUACCAGCCCAAGGUGUAUGACAUCUGGAGCCUGGGCGUGAUCCUUUACAUCAUGGUCUGUGGCUCCAUGCCCUAUGAUGACUCCAACAUCAAGAAGAUGCUGCGCAUCCAGAAGGAGCACCGCGUCAACUUCCCACGCUCCAAGCACCUGACCGGGGAGUGCAAGGACCUCAUCUACCGCAUGCUACAGCCCGAUGUCAACCGGCGGCCUCAAAUCGACGAGAUCCUCAGCCACUGCUGGGUGCAGCCAAAGGCAAAGGGCAUGUCCUCUGCAGCCAUCAACAAGGAAGGGGAGAGCUCCCAGGGUACUGAGACCUCAUGGACCCCUGAGCCCAACUCUGACAAGAAGUCUGCCACCAAGCUGGAGCCUCAGAAAGAGGCUCAGCCUGAGACGAAAGCUGAGGAAGAGACAGUGCUAGAGUCCAGGCAGUUGGAGACCCCGGGCGUCACCAGUGAGCCGUUGACCAAGGAGACAGAGGAAGGGCCCCCCCAAAAGCCUCCAGAGACACACACCUAGUGAGGCUCUUACGGCCCAGGGGUC